CAAAAAAUGAGACAACUGAAACAGAUGAAAACAUAGACGUAACCAUCGGCAAGGAUGUCUCCGUUUAUCUUGGGUAUAGACCUGGGAACCACCUCCGUCAAAGUGGUUUUAUUAGAAGCUAGCUCGAAAACAGUCGUCACAAGCUGCUCUCUGCCAACCGAGUCUGAUAGAAGCGACAGCAGCGGGGUGAAGGCCAAGGAGCAGGACCCCGGCCGGAUCAUCACCACUCUGAACCGCUGCGUCGCCUCCCUGCCCAGAGACCAGCUGCAGCAUGUCCGGGGGAUCGGACUGUCCGGACAGAUGCACGGAGUUUUGUUCUGGAAACACAAGUCCGGUUGUGACUGGAAGGGAGACUCCUUCAGAGCCAAAGACACCAGCCAGCUCAUCACCUGGCAGGACGGGCGCUGCAGCAGCAGCUUCCUGUCCUCUCUUCCCAAACCAGACUCACACCUGAGCUUGGCCACGGGGUUUGGCUGCACCACCAUCUUCUGGUACAUGAAACACAGGCAAGAGUUCCUUGAGGACUUCACGGCUGCAGGCACCAUCCAGGACUAUGUGGUUUCCAUGCUGUGUGGUUUGGACGGGUGUGUGAUGACCCCUCAGAACGCAGCCAGCUGGGGCUACUUCAACUCAACCACCAACCAGUGGAACCAUGACAUUCUGAAGGAUGCCGGCUUCCCUCUGCGCCUGCUUCCUCAGUGUGUGGCGUCUGGUAGCUUGGCGGGACAGACGUGCUCUGCCUGGCAUGGCAUCCCUGCUCACACACCAGUAGGGGCCGCCCUGGGAGAUUUCCAGUGCGCUGUGUACUCCUGCAUGAUUGGCCGGACUGAUGCAGUUCUUAACAUCAGCACCUCGGCCCAGCUCACCUAUGCCAUGCCGGCUCAUUUCAAACCUCCGGAUGCCCCUCAGCCCGCUUCCCCCGUCUCUUACUUCCCCUACUUUGACGGCUCCUACCUGGCAGUGGCAGCGUCACUCAAUGGAGGAAAUGUAUUGGCCACUUUUGUGGGGAUUCUCAGUGAUUGGAUGAAAGAGCUCGGAGUGGAGCUGAGCGAGUCGAGUUUAUUUGAGAAGCUGAUCGAUUGCGGCCUGAGCCAGGAGAGCACUGACCUGAGGGUGAGUCCCACCAUCCUGGGAGAGAGACACAACCCGCUCUGCCUGGGUCAGGUGACCAACAUCUCUACCUCCAACCUCUCCCUGGGUCAUGUGACCAGGGCACUCUGCCGCGGGCUCGUGGACAACAUCACAUCCAUGAUGCCUGUGGAGUGCCUGCAGGAGGCCGGGGUCAGCCGGAUCGUGGGCAGCGGGAGCGCCCUCUCUCGCAAUCUGGUGCUGCGGCAGGAGGUGGAGAGGGCGUUUCCUCUGCCGGUGGAGUACGGACAAAACGUGGACUCUGCCGUGGGCGUGGCCAUGGUCUUCUGUGAUCGACUCUGAACCAGAACCUCAAUCCAAAGGAGAUUGCUUGUUUGUUUACGCAAAUAGUCCAAUUUUUGAUGAACAAAACGAAUACAAAUGAGCUGCAAUACAUGACUUUCACCUUCCAGUUAUAAUGUAAUUCAUGAUAAACUGUAAGUUAUUUGCACGGUUUAAAAAAAAAAAAAUUCUUAAGCCUUAUUUACCAACAGGACCUGCAUGAAGGUUGACUGCCCUGUGCAGUUUUCCUAAGCCCCAGUGCAGCUGGUGUGUGCUUAAGCAGCUCUAUGUUUAAUGUUUUAUUUAAUUUUUAAUUUAAUUUUUUUUUUUAAUUUUUUGAAUGACUUAUCCUAGCUGCUGGUGACAGCUAAAAUACCCUGAAACAUUCAACGAUUUAAAAAAAAAAAAAAAAAAAGCCUUUGGUGAUCAACCAGUUGCCAUUUUCCACUUUGGGGUCAAUUUUGUUGUUGGGUGGUGUAUUUUUUUAUUCUCUUCAAUAACAGGCCAAAUGCAGAUUACAGUCGCAUUACACCAUAUCAUUCACUACAGAUUCCACUGCAGAUGGAAAAGCUGAUGCUAUCUAAAACCUUAACAGGAAGCAUCAAGUUUUAUCAUCAGUGCUUCAGCAUCAGAUAGCAACAGCUACAUUUCAUACCAAUGUUCAAUGUUCAACAACAGUAAUUAAAAAAACAAUGCAAUGCAGGUUAAAGACAUGCUCUAAAUAAGGGGCAUGCCUCUCACCUUUUAUUCAGUAGAAAAACUCAGUCGGUGCUUUUGCUGCCUCCGUGGCUGUUGCUUUUUCCACCUACACAUACAGUAUGACCAACCAGCUGCAUGCAGCAGGUUUACAGCCAUUUUUCUUCAAACAGCUACAUUUACAGAUGAUCUGUCUGCAAGAGCAUAGAGAUACAGACUCAGAUCUUUGUGCUCCUUCACAAUGUACCGCAGGCCUUCAAGGAAACACUUGUUAUGAGCAGCUUCCAACGGGUGGCUUCAAUUCUUCCUCGCAGUGACCUUCUAGUCACAAAGCAGCUCCUCUAACCUUUACAGAGCUUUAGUUUCGUUUCAAGUGAAAUGCUUUGGUCUGUCCAGGUUUUAUUGAGGUUGGUGACUGCUGCCUUUGGUUUGCCCAGUUUUGAUUUUAAGUCUCAUUCUCUGUCUCCAAACUACAGCUACAUGAAUUCAAAAGUUGUUUUUCAUCCUAAUGAUUUGCUUUCAAGGAGGUGGGAGGUUUAAGUUUGACUGUUAAUCUUGAUGGAUUUUUUUUUUCUUGCAUCUGACUUUGAGCAACGGCAGCUGAAUUUCUCAGUUCAGUCAGGCUCCACUAGACUAUUUACUUGUUUUUAAUUCAUUGUUAGCUGUUUGGUUCAAGAUCCAGUCUUAAUUCAAUUAGAGGUAAAUCAGAUCAGAAUAAGAAGAAAUAGGAGAACAGACCCCUUUGGUCUGAAUUCUCCAGGUGGGUAAAUUUCAUGAGGGACUUAAAUCUCUGUCUCUUGAUAAGUGCUCUUAAUGUUAUCUGUAUUUUUAGAUGCAAGUCCAUAAUUUCAGAUUUGAGUCAUGGAAUUUCCUUCACAUGAAGUUUGAUAUUUGGCAUAAUUAUGGAUGAUUUACAUGAAAUAUUCGGAGCAACAGUGUUAUUGACUUGUAAUUUUCUAGGAUGAUGAGCAACUAAUUUUUCUACAACCAGACCAGAGGACCCUGUCAACAUUACUGCCAGUGGUUCAAUCGCAAGAUCGAAUAAUAGGGGACUCAAAGGGCAACCCUGUCUUGAGCCACGGGACAGAGGGAAAUAUUCAGGGAGUAUCCUAUUUGUUCGUACCCAAGCUUGCGUGGCUGUAUACAAAAUCUUGCUCCAUGAACAGAAAGAAGGCCCAAAUCCAAAUUUCUCCAACGUGGUGAAAAGGAAAUUAUAUUGGACUCUAUCAAAUGCUUUAAAAGCAUCCAUAGAUAUUAUAAUUUCAGGCUCCGCCUCAUUGGGUUGGUAUAUAAUAUUAAACACACGACGUAGAUUACUUGACAGUUGCCUACCUGCAAUAAAGCCUGUCUGAUCAAGAUGUGUCAAUUUAGGCAUAAUAUCUUCAAGUCUGCCACCUAGUACUUUAGCUAAAAUUUUGUAGUCACAACAAAGUAAACUAAUUGGGCGACAGGACUCACAUAACAAUGGAUCCUUGUUUUUUUUUUGAGCCACAAUGAAAUGGAGGCCUGUGUCAUAGUUGGAGGAAGAGUCUUACGGUUGAGGACUUCUUCAAAUAAUUUAGUCAAAACUGGAACUAAUUUAGGGCCAAAAAUUUUAGAGAAUUCUAUCGGAUACCCAUCAGGGCCUGGUGCCUUGCUGGAUUUCAUUUUUUUGAUUGCACAAUCAAUUUCUACAGCCGUUAUAUGCCUCUCUAAAAGAUUUCUGUCUGCUUCAACCAAUGAGGGCAUCUCCAUCUCACUAAAAAAGUCCUCCACUAGAUUAAAACUGGCCACCUCAGAUGAAUAGAGAUCCUCAUAGAAAGAUCUAAAUCUGUUAUUGAUUUCCCUCUGGUCCGCGACAACUUUGCCCUCCUCGUCUUUUAUUGCAGAUAAGAAGCCCGCUGUUGCAGACUGUUUGAGUUGGUGACACAAGAGCUUACUGGCGCGCUCCCCAUGUUCGUAAAAAGCAUGGCGUGAUUUCAGAUGAAGGUCUAAAGCACUGUCGUGAGUGAGGGAAUCAAAUUCUGCUUUGAGAGAAAGUCUCUCCUUCUAUAAGUUUUUUACGAUGGCGAAAUGGAAUGAAGAUGGUCAACCUCUUUUAUCCUGACAGCUAACUCUGAGGCAUGUUUAGAUUUUCUUUUAGUAUCACUGGCGUUAUAGGAAAUCGCUUGACCGCUAACAUAUGCCUUCAAGGUUUCCCACAACGUGCAGUAGCUUAUCUCAGGAGAUUCAUUGGUUUCAAGAAAUAGAACAGUAUGGGAGUUAAUGAAGUCAACAAACUUCCUAUGUGCCAGUAAUCUUGGGUUCAGGCGCCAUGUACACUGGGGAGGCACAUUUUCUGGAAAGCACAGCUUCAAAAGAACAGGGCUAUGGCCAGAUAUGACUAUGCUGCCAUAUUCUACUUGUUUGAUUAUGGGUAGUAGCUUUUGGUCAAUUAGGAAAUAGUCAAUUCUGGUAUAGGUUUGGUGUACGGGGGAGAAGAAGGAGAACUGUUUGUUCGUUGGGUAUUUGAAUUUCCAGGGGUCAAUCACGCCAUACGCCUGGAGAAAUGAAUUUAUAUAGCGUGCAGAUUUAGAGAGCGUGAUGGGCUUCAAGCUUGAGCGGUCCAGCUCCUUAUUUAGGAUACAGUUCAGAUCUGGAGCUAGAAUCAAAUCAUAUGAGUCUAAAUCUGGUAUAACUGAGAAGAGGGGAUCAACAUUAUCCCAAUUAGGGGCGUAAACAUUAACCAAGACCAUUGGCCCCUGAAUGAUGAUAUAACACCCCUCACUGCCCAUCAAGUCUGAGAGUGAUCUUUGUUUACCAACUUAGUUUCUCGUAAGAAUACUAUGUCAGAUUUAAGUUUACUUAAAUGGGCAAACAACUUAAUUCUCUUGAUCACACUAUUCAAUCCCCUUACAUUCCAACUCACCAUUGUUGUGUCUACACCGCCUAGACCUUUAGCCAUCAAUAAUAAUAAUAAGGUCAAAGGACCUUACAAGGAAUGUCGCUAAUUGCAUUGUUAUUAGUGAUAGCACUUUGAUCCAUUUAUCUUUCUUGAUCAGGAUUGUGUUGUAAUGAUUACAUUCACAGUUUUCUUCACCACUGACUCAGCUGUUCUUAUCUGACUUAAUUUAUGACAUGAUUAAGGUGAAAAUAAACCAGUGUUAACAACU